AUGGAGCAACUAUCAGAUGAAGAACUUGACCAUGGCGCUGAAGAAGAUAGCGAUAAGGAAGAUCAAGACCUGGACAAAAUGUUUGGGGCCUGGCUCGGCGAACUGGACAAACUCACACAGAGCCUGGAUACUGACAAGCCUUUGGAACCAGUAAAAAAAUCUCCUCUUCGCCAGGAAACAAACAUUGCCAAUUUUUCUUAUCGCUUCUCCAUGUACAAUUUGAAUGAAGCCCUCAAUCAGGGAGAGGCUGUGGACCUGGACGCCCUCAUGGCCGACCUGAGUUCCAUCGAGCAGGAACUCAGCAGCAUCGGGGCGGCCAACAGUAAACGACAAGCCUCAGAAACCAAAGCUGCUCAGAAACUACCUUCCGGGCGACAGACCUUGAAGCACGGCGCCGUGAAAGGACUGUCCUCUUCAUCUAGCCGGAUGUCCAAAACUUCCCAAGCCAACUACUCCCUGGACGACAUCACCGCCCAGUUAGAGCAGGCCUCCCUGAGCAUGGAUGAAGCGGCCCAGCAGUCGGCGGUGGAAGAUGCCAAACCCAUAGUAGCUAGUCAGCACAGAAGAACGGCCUCAGCGGGCACGGUCAGCGAUGCGGAAGCCCGGUCCAUCAGCAACUCAUCCCGUUCCAGUAUUACCUCUGCGGCUUCGAGUAUGGACUCUUUGGAUAUUGAUAAAGUGACCCGUCCUCAUGAACUGGAUCUGACGCAUCAGGGACAACCAGUUACUGAGGAAGAACAGGCAGCCAAAGUGAAAGCUGAGAAGAUCAGAGUGGCACUAGAGAAGAUUAAAGAGGCACAAGUGAAAAAGCUGGUGAUCCGAGUCCAUAUGUCCGAUGACAGCUCCAAGACGAUGAUGGUGGACGAGAGGCAGACCGUGAGACAAGUGCUGGAUAAUAUGAUGGACAAGUCCCACUGCGGCUACAGCCUAGACUGGUCCUUGGUCGAGACCAUCUCUGAAUUACAAAUGGAGAGAAUCUUUGAAGACCAUGAAAAUUUAGUCGAGAAUCUUCUAAACUGGACAAGAGACAGCCAGAACAAGCUCAUGUUUUUAGAACGGAGAGAAAAAUAUGCUCUUUUCAAAAACCCUCAGAACUACCUUCUGGGAAAAAAGGAAACAUCUGAGAUGGCAGACAGAAAUAAGGAGUUGCUUCUGGAGGAGUGUUUCUGUGGAAGCUCAGUGACCGUGCCGGAAAUUGAAGGAGUCCUGUGGCUGAAAGAUGAUGGCAAGAAGUCCUGGAAAAAGCGUUACUUUUUAUUGCGAGCUUCUGGAAUUUACUAUCUCCCUAAAGGAAAGCAAAAGGUCUCCCGGGAUCUUGUGUGCUUUCUCCAGCUGGAUCACGUUAAUGUUUACCUUGGGCAGGAUUAUCGGAACAAAUACAAAGCACCUACCGACUUCUGCCUAGCAUUGAAGCAUCCCCAGAUACAGAAGAAAUCUCAGUACAUCAAAUACCUCUGUUGUGAUGAUGUUAGAACUCUCCACCAGUGGGUAAAUGGCAUUCGUAUUGCAAAGUAUGGAAAACAACUCUAUAUGAACUAUCAGGAAGCACAGAAGAGGACAGAAUCAGCCUGCGAUUGGACCUCUUUGUCCAGCUCCAGCAUCAAAUCAGGAUCUAGUUCCUCCAGCAUACCAGAAUCCCAAUCCAAUCACUCUAAUCAGUCUGAUAGUGGAGUUUCUGACACCCAACCGGCUGGACACAUCCGUUCCCAGAGUAUCGUCAGUUCCAUCUUCUCAGAGGCCUGGAAGCGAGGCACUCAACUGGAAGAGUCCAGCAAGGCUAGAAUGGAGUCUAUGAGCCGGCCCUAUGCUUCUCUUGUUGCUCCUCUGUCCCCACAAACUAAGACGGCUACUCCGUAUUCGGCUUCGCAGCCGUCACCGCCUCUCCCCCCGCCCCCCCCCCCGCCCCCUCCCCCGCCGCCCCCGCCUCCUCCGCCCCCUCCUCCUCCUCUUCCUAGCCAGUCGGCCCCUUCCGCAGGUUCCACGGCGACGAUAUUUGUCAAAUACAGCACGAUCACCAGGCUGCAGAAUGCUGCAGCUCAGCAUUCGGGGCCUUUGUUCAAGCCACCCCUCCUUCCAGGCACCCAGCAAGGGACCCUGACUUCCCAUCCGGGAAAGCCACCCCUGCCGGCACCCCCGAACGGGGUGGUUCCCCCUCCCCCACCUCCCCCUCCGCCUCCUACCCCCGGAUCAGCUAUGGCGCAGCUAAGGCCGGCGCCCUGCCUCCCGUCCAUCCCGCAGUUCACCCCACCGCCCCCUCCGCUGAAAAUCCAUCAGGUUCAACAGCACGUUAUUCAGGCUGCUCCUCCAACACCACCACCACCUCCUCCUCCUCCUCCUCCCCCUCCUCCUCCUCCUCCUCCUCCUCCUCCUCCUCCUCCUCCUCCUCCUCCUGUGCCCGCGCCCCCGCCCCCUCACACCCCUCCAAAGCCUCUGGUGGCUCUGGCCCCGCCAACCAGCACUAAGACCGUGUCCCCCGUGGCGACGCCUAGCAUGCUGCCGGCACCGCCUCCCCCACUUCCUCCCGCCAAAAAGCAGCCGGGCUUCCCACUGGCCCAGAUUCCACCCUCUCCUUCUGGUCCCGCCGGCCCCGUCCCCCCACCGGUCUUACCGAAACAACAGAGCUUCUGCGCGAAGCCGCCCCCGUCCCCUCAGUCUCCGGUGCCGUCGUCGGUGGUGAAGCAGAUGGUCAGUCAGUUUCCCCCACCGCCCGCCCCUUCCCCCGCAGAGCCUCCACCCUUAAGGACCAUCGCUCCGUUGGGCCCGGCCCCGCAGUCCCCUCCCACCGUGAAAGCCAAGCCCAAGUGGCAACCCGGCUCGGUCCCGUCUCCCGACUUUCCGCCUCCACCUCCCGAGAACAUCCUGGCGUUUCCGCCACCUCCACCGCCGGCCGCCCCGCUGGUCUCUCCCGGCCCGGACAAACUGGGCUCCCCCGUCAAAAAGACCAAGUCGUCCAGUCCGGGUGGGAAGAAACCACCUCCCACCCCGCAGCGAAACUCCAGCAUCAAAUCCAACAGCUGUGCUGAGUAUCAGGAGUCGAAGAGACCCUCCGUGGACAGCCUGGUCAGCAAAUUCGCACCUCCGACGGAGCCCUCGGGGUCCCUGAACCGAGAGACCCCGCCCCCUCCCACGGCUCCCCCAAAGCCGGGGAAGCUGAAUCUCUCCGGGGUGAAUCUGCCCAUCGUCCUCCCGCACGGAGGCCCGGUGCUCAAACCGCCUGUCGCCCACUUGCCGGCGAGGGACCCCGUGGUGGAAUUCCCUUCUCCCCCUUCGGAUGCCGACUUCCCACCCCCUCCCCCCGAAAUCGAGCUCCCUCCGCCCCCCGUGGAGAUCCCCGCGGUGUUUUCGGGAAGCACCUCUCCCAAAGUGGCCGUCGUGAACCCUCAGCCCCAGCCGUGGUCCAAGUCGUCCGGGAAGAAAGCCCCGCCGCCGACCCGGCCCAAGCGGAACGACAGCACUCGCCUGACUCAGGCCGAAGCCCUGGAGCAGCAGGCCGCCGCCGCCGCCGCCGCAAUCCCUCCUGCCGCCGCCCCCCAAGUGCCCACUUCCCCCAAGGCCGGCCUCGCCGUCCAGCCCGGCUUCCUGGCCGACCUCAACAGGACCCUGCAGCGCAAGUCCAUCAGCCGGCACAGCUCCCUCUCGUCCUCACGGGUGUCCAGAGCCGAGCCGACCGCCACCAUGGACGACAUGGCCCUGCCGCCCCCGCCCCCCGAACUGCUGUCCGACCACCAGAAGGCCGGCUUUGGGGGCGGCCACAUAUCAGGCUAUGCAACCCUGCGCCGGGGGCCACCACCCGCUCCCCCCAAGAGGGACCAGAGCACCAAGCUGUCCAGAGACUGGUAGCCACCCAUCCGCCUCCGAGCGGCUCGUGCGAUCGGCGACGCAUCGUUGGGGUAUUCCCGGACACCCAGGGCGGGCAGGGGGGGCGAGAAUGGGAUCCAGUGGGAUUUCCGGCUGGGGCCGAGGGGGAUGGAUCGGAGCCCUCUCCCCGUCCCGCUUGCUCCACGGAGGAGUGGGGCGGAGGAGAUGCCUUUUAGGGGGCGGAGGUGUAAGGGGUGUGUGUCCUCUCCUUUGCAGAUGAUUUUCCCUCGUCGUGUGGAUUGGACCAAAAGCCUUUCUUUCUUCCUUUCUUUCUUUUUCCGCAUCGAAGAGGUCUUUUGUACUCUCUUGUUCCUGUGCGAUCUGUUUGUGCAUGUCAUGUAUUAUAUCUGAAUAUGGAGGUACAGAAUGUGAUCUUUCUCACAAUUAUAGAAGACAACCCGAAUGUUCGUGGGGUAUUAUCUGUAUUUUGUUUCAGUCCGUUGAACAGUAAGACUAUCGGACUGUGUCUUUGGCGAUAGCUAACCAGUUGAAUCUUCACCACGAAAUACACAAGGCACUUUAAAUCAGGUGUGGGGGGAUGGGCAGCAGAGGACAGGUAAUAAGUAGUCAGCAGUAUCUAUAUGUGGUAGGUGGCUAGGAAAAUAAAAACACGACCCAACUGAAAACAUUCUGGAUGCCAUGCCUGUACUGAUGACUCCACUCGCGGGGAUACAAUGGGGUGGAAGAAAGCUUAUAUCAGCCACGAGCAAAAGCCUUCUCAGUUCGAGUUUUGUGCUAAAGUAAACGGUUAAAGUACCCAUUCUGGGUUGUACGCAAACUUCGUACUUUGCCUUUAUCGUGAAGGCAAAAUAACGUUUUGACCCCUACGAGGACCUUUGAACUCUGUUUUGAUUCCAAUUUCCUUAAUUUGAUGAGGUGGGAGAGUAACCCCCAGCUCCCAUAGCUUAUGGAAAUUGAUGUAUGAUAAUUAUGGCCUUUCAUUUGGUGCUUACUAUCAACUAAGUGCUGAGGUAAAUUAUCAGAUUGGACACUGUCCCUGUCCCACACUGGCUUCAGUAUCUGUUUUAAC